AUGAAAGUUAAAAAUGAAAAACAAAAAUUUAAAGAAUUCUUAAAAAAAGUAGAAGACCCUAAUUAUAACCGAGAAGUCAAUCGUAGUUUGCCGGAAAAUCCAACUUCUUUACAAGUGGCUAAAUAUAAACUUUGUAAAAAAAUCCUUGGUUAUAAAUUAGAUAAUAAACUAACCCGCGAGCAGGUGGCCGACAAAAUGGGAUUAAGCAAAGCCGAAACCGAGGAUAUUUUAUUCUGUGAGAUUGAAAAGUUUACUUUGGAUAGGCUAAUGACUUAUGCCAGCCAAUUGUUUGCUCCUUUUCAGAUAGAAAAACAAAGUUCAGCGAUAAGCAAAAAAAGAGAUUUAACUCCAAAAAUUAUUGCUUGCUUAUCACAAAAAGGCGGAGGCGGAAAAUCAACUUUGGCUCGUUGUUUAGCCGUGGAACUUACCAAACAAAAAUUUAAUGGAAUAAGACCGCUUAUCAAUUGUCAAUCUCUCCCUUUUUUUGAUGAAAAAUUAACCAAAAGCCAGUAUGAUUAUCUAAUAAUUGAUGGACCAGCCAAAAUAAGUAAAGAAAGCUUGUUAAUUGCCAAGCAAGCCAAUUUAAUAAUUCAACCGGUUCGUCCUUCUUUGGAUGACCUAAACCCAGCCAUUAGAGAAUUUAAUGGCUUAUUUAAGGCAGGAAUUCCUAAAAAUAAACUAAGUUUCGUAAUCAAUGCCGCUGGUUCUCCUGCCAUGGAAAAAGCUACCCGUGAUUAUUUAGCCCCUGCCGGAUAUUAUGUUUUCCCACUGGCGUUAGAGGAAAAAGUUUCUUACCAAGAAGCCCAAAAUCAAGGAUUAAGUAUUGGCGAAGUAAAAUAUAAAAGAUUACAAGAGCAGGAAUACCAGCAAGAAACCACUUAUUCAAUAGCUCGUAACUUAAAGGAAUUAGAUCAUUAUCCUACUUACUGUGCUGAUUGUAUUAUGGUAGAAAAAGAAACCGAGAAAAAAACCACACCAGAAACGAAAAAGAUCAAAAAAAAUUGA